AUGUCACUGUUGUAUCCAGUAGUUGUUGGAAGAAUCGAUCCAUUCCAUCCUGCUUUCUUUGGAAUUAGUUCUUGGAUAAAACAGCAAGGGCUUAUUGUGCAACGAUCGUGUGGUUCUAAACUGAGCACAAUAACCUUUUCGUCGACAUUUCUUGGAGCAUGUCAUACAGACAAAAUGAGAAUAGAAAUCUUUGAAGUGAGCGUAUAUUUCUUUCAUUUUCUUUUUUUUGGUGAUAAUUUCCUUUAUUUUUUUUCAAAUAUGACACUUCAUUUCGUUCACCUCGUACUGGGAAAUGAGACCUACAAGGAACAAGUAUCUACUGAAGGAUGUGCUGAUGUUGAUGACUUCAGAGGUGCUAUCAAAAACAAGCUUCCUCACUUACUCAAUGGUUACAACGCUGUGCAACUCACUCUCCUUCAACCUGAUGGAAUCACUGAAAUUGACUCAGGAACUCUUGUUACAGAUUUGAAAGAAAUCCCUUGGAAUCCUUUGGUGGUGACUGUGGAGGAACUUCUGUUUGAUGCAGAUGAAUGGGUGAAAUUGAAAGAAUGGAACCAAAAAACAAACGCAAGAAUCCACGAUGCAGAUUUACCAAAAACAAGCACUGGAAAGUAUUUUGUCAUCAUUCCUCACGCUGACUACAACCAAGAAACAAUUUCUUUUUUCAAAACAAUCGGUGUCAAGGCACAGUUGUAUAUUGAUGAAAUCAAGUUGGAGGUGAAAGAUGAAGUUGAUUUGUUUUGA